AUGCCUGGAAUUCCUCUGCACGCCCUUGAUAACUUCAAGGCCAAGCUCAAGGCCGCCUUCAAGAAGAAGGACAACAAGGAAGAAGCCAAGCCCGCCGAGCAGAAGCCUACCGAGACCAAGCCUGCCGAAGCUACGCCUGCCACCACCGAGCCUACCAAGACCGAGGCCGCCCCUCCUGCGCCAGCCACUGAGCCUGCUCCUGCGGCCGAACCUGCCAAGGAGACCAAGCCCGAGACAGAGGUCAAGCCUGAAGCUCCUGCUGCUGCUACUACCGAGCCUGCAAAGGCUGAGGAGGCUGCACCUGCUCCUUCUACUGAACCCGCCAAGCCCGAGGCCGCUCCGGCCACCGAACUUCCCGCUCCCGUUCCUGAGCCUGCCAAGACGGAACCAGCCCCAGCUGCUGAGCUACCUGCUGCUCCCGCCGCACCAACUGCUGAACUGCCUGCUGCUCCUGCCGCUCCCGCCGCCGAGCUACCUGCUGCCCCUGCUCCCGCACCCGCCGCCCCUACAGAGCUCCCUGCUGAAGCUCCCAAGGAAGAGGAGAAGAAGGAUACCCCUGCCCCUCCUGCUCCUGCCCCCGUGGCCUCUGCUUAA